UAUAACGUUUGGUAGAACGAUGAGUUGGAAUGAAACGAACUCAACACAUUUAAUACCAAGUUACUUGAGCCAAGAGGAGUUCUUUGCGUUGCAAAACGGUUCGGAUUUGAAUUCGACGUUAAAUGACACACAUUUUGUGCUGAAGACUUGGUAUCCUAGUGGAUAUUCACCGGCGCAUAUAAUAAUCGCGUCGGUGGUCGUAACGGUUCUUAUGAUUAUGGUGGUAGUAGGGAAUAUGUUGGUGAUUAUUGCAAUAGUGACUGAAAAGGCGCUGAAGAACAUACAAAACUGGUUCAUCGCGUCACUGGCUGUGUCGGACUUCUUUCUUGGUUUAGUGAUAAUGCCAUUUUCGCUCGCGAAUGAGCUUAUGGGUUACUGGAUUUUCGGCUUUUGGUGGUGCGAGAUACAUUCCGCGAUGGAUGUGUUGUUGUGCACCGCGUCUAUUAUGAAUUUGUGCCUCAUAUCACUGGACCGCUACUGGAGUAUAACACAGGCGGUAGAUUACCUCAAAAAGCGGACACCUGCGCGUGCGGCGCUCAUGAUUGCAGCAGUCUGGCUCAUGAGCGCGCUCGUGUGUAUACCACCGUUACUGGGAUGGAGAGUUAGCAGACCUCCAGAGCAGUUUCCACAGUGCAAGGUGUCAGAUGACAUCGGCUAUGUGGUAUAUUCUGCACUGGGCAGCUUUUACAUCCCGUCCUGCAUCAUGGUGUUCGUGUAUAUCAGGAUAUACUUCGCUGCCAAAGCUAGGGCGAGACGAGGGAUCAGGAAGAAUCCAAGACCAAGAUCUAAUGACCAGCAAACAAGUUUCUCAAACGCGCCAAAGGGGUCGAACCCAAUGCCUUCUUCGUCUUUAACGAUGCCUGCGGGAGUGGACGGUAGUCAUUCUAAUAAUAAUAGGGAAACACAAAUAUCGACAAUAGAAACGCAGCAAGUUCCGAUACCUACGGUGACGUGCGAUUUUGCAUCUGACAUAUCCACUAGCGAAGCUGCCGACCAAGCACCAACUCCUGAUGAUAGGAAGGAUACACUCAAGGUGGUUACAUCAGCUCAAGUUACGAGAAAUCCAUUAGCCGCGUGUGCCUAUAGACACUCCACACUUUCCGUAAACGGUGAGCUUGCUCUACAAUCUCAACGUUGCCGAGCUCCCAGCGUCGCCAUAGACACCGACAUGGUCUCCGAAAUGGAGCCUUCGUCAUCGGACUCGGGAGUUGCCACACGCUGUGCCGUGGUCAAACCACUCAAACUCCGAAUAUGCCAGCCUAUUUUUGGUAAAAAGUCUGACCGAAAACAAGAAAAGACGCUACCAUCUAAGUCAGAACUGGAACCAGCGUUACCGAAACAGCAUAAACCGAGGGAUCCUGAAAGGGAAAAGAGACGCUUAGCGAGGAAAAAAGAAAAACGAGCGACGUUGAUUCUAGGUCUAAUUAUGGGUAGUUUCAUUGCUUGUUGGCUGCCAUUUUUCUUUUUGUAUAUUUUGAAGGCUGCGUGUAGAUGGUGUGUUAUUCCCGGGAGUGCGUUCGCGAUCGCCUUCUGGUUAGGUUAUAUGAACUCAGUUUUAAAUCCUGUUAUCUAUACGAUAUUUAAUAAGGACUUCCGAAGGGCGUUCAGGCGGAUACUGUUCAAGUGAUGUUUGGCCUACCUGUGCUGUUACCAAUGCGUGGCCAACAGGAUUUUGUUGGCCCAGCAGAGGGCAGCACCAGGUCUUUACAAUAUGCGUUAAUUUCUACUUGACAAAG